ACACACAGUCCCAACACUAGCCGGAGACGCACACAUCUCAGAAGCGUAACGCAACGCAAAAAACGGAAAACAGAACAUACAAGAACAAACAAAAAAAUUGAAGAAAAAUACAAAAAAAUUAUUUAAAAAAAAUUAUACGUAAAAAAUUAAGUAAAAGAAACGCUUCGCCAAGUGACAAGUGAAAAGCUCGUGAAAAAUCCGCGGUGAAAAGACGAAAGGAAAAACCGCUUAAUAAAAAUAUUAUGCAGAAAAUGAACUUAAAUCUGUGCGCUAUAGCGCUGCUGCUCUUUGGCAGCAUCUCGCUGGUCCACAGUCGCGCCGUGGACAUUGUGGACAAUGAGAACAACGAUGCCGACAACUCCAUUGAGCCCGAGGAGGAGCAACAGCCGGCACAGUCCAAGCACAGUCGCAACCGUCUCUUUGAAGAUGAUUGGCUGAAAUUCACCAAGACGCCACCAACAAAGAUGCAGCAGGCAGCCGGCGCCACCAUUGAGAUUGUCUGCGAAAUGAUGGGGUCCCAGGUGCCCAGCAUUCAGUGGAUUGUCGGCCAUAUGCCACGCUCUGAGAUUGAUAAUCUGGAGUCGAAUGCGAUUACGGAAUAUGCGCCGUCGGCAAUUGUGCGUGUGAAAUCGGUGCAUGUCAUCGAUCAUAUGCUGAGUGAGCCGAGAGUUUAUACGUGCAUUGGACGCAGCGGCUCCAAGACCAUCUAUGCCAGCACUGUGGUUCAUCCGUCGCACUCCGAUCUGGAAUUGGGUGGUCUGAUCGCCACCGAGAAACAGUAUCAGGGUCCGCAGAAGCCACGCAUCAUCUAUACGGAGAAAACGCAUCUGGAUCUGAUGGGAUCGACCAUUAUGCUGCCGUGCAAGGUGCACGCUCGCCCCCACGCCAGGAUCACAUGGAAGAGCAACGAGGACAAGGAAAUCGUGCAGAGCCAUCGCUUCAAGGUGCUGCCCACCGGAGAUCUGCUAAUUAUCGGUCUCAAAUGGGAGGAUAUGGGCAACUACAAGUGCAUAGCUCACAAUGCCGUCGGACACGACUCGGCUGAUACCUUCGUUUAUCCCGUACUUAAGGAUGAAGACUAAAGAUUCCACACACAAGGCUAUUGGAUUGACAUAAAAACCACACUUUUAGUUAGUUAGAUAGAUCAAAUGCCUUUGAAGAUGCGUGAAACAAAAGUAAAGAAAACAUAAAAUAGGGGAAAAAAACAACAAAAAAACUUUAACAAAAAAAAAAAAUUAGUUAUAAGAAACUCUAGAAUCUAAUGCCGGCUUAGACUUUAAUAUUCUUUACCAAUUAAUCCCACUACUUUUUUUUGUGUUUUCUUACAUUUAACUCGAAUACUAAUUUAUGCAGGGAUUUCCAGACACAAAAAAAAAAAACAAAACAAAAAACAAAUCGAAUUCCUCAAAACGUUUGUUUUUAAUUUUUUUAUAUUUGUUUAGUUAUAGUUUGUGCGUCAGGUAAUCAAUUUUAUCGUUAUGUAAGUAGCAAUGAUUGUUCCUAACGAUUCAGGCAAACACACACUAGUUAACGUAAUUAAUUGGCCGUUACUUAAUAUGUGGCUAUGAGCCAAAAAUCCACCAAAUCCACCAAAUCCACAAAAUCCACCAACAAUUCCACAAAUCGACCAAAUCCACCAAUUAUCGAAAAUAAUCGUUAUCGAUUAUCCAUCGCAACAAUUAAUUUAUUGAACAACAGACAUCAUUCACACACCCAUUCACACUAUUCACAUCUAUUCGCAUACGGAACAAGUAUUCACUGGGUUAACAGAACAGUUUUUUAUAUACAUAUAUAUAUUAUACACACACACACACACACACACACACACAUAUACAUAUACAUAUACGAAGAGAUACCUACCUAUCAAUCAUAUGUUUUAUUUUGUAAGCGCUAAUUGAACUGAAUUAUGGUUUUUUUUAUG